UCCCCGCCACCCCGUUGCCAAGCAACGAGAUGCCCUGGCUAGAAGCAACCGAGCAGAAUGCCUUGGAGGAGGGAAGGCAGUUGGGAAGAGGCCUUGAGUAGCAGAAAUGAGCCCGGGCAAAGCCAACAGGCCGAAGCCCAGUGCUGUUUUGUUACAGAAAAGCGUCCGGAGGAAGAGGAUGAGGUUGACUGCGUCCUCCUUUCAGCAUCCAAGAUCCUAAAUUCUUCUGAGGGGGUAAAGGAAAAUGGUAGCAGUGAAACAGAACACGGCUGUGUAUCAGAAUCAGAAAAUCAAAUACAACCACAAUCAGCAUUGAAAGCCCUUCAGCAACAACUGGAAUCAUUUCAGGCUCUCCGAAUACAGACUCUGCAAAAUGUUAGCAUGGUACAGUCUGAAAUCAGUGAAAUAUUGAACAAAAGUAUUAUUGAAGUAGAAAACCCAGAAUUUAACCCAGAAAAAAAUCUAGUAUCCGGCACACACAAUGAAACGGCUUUGGGUGACUGGAUUGUCAGAGGUGAAAAUAAGGAAACUCCUGUCCUGAAAACCCUAAAAGAUCCUAUAGAGAAUCAAGAAGAAACCCUUUCUACGGAGAAAAUUCAUCAUUUUGAGGAUUCCAGGACUCUUCAUUCAGUAGAAGAAAAAUUCAGUAGUGAUAGUAUUGACAGUCUUCCUCAAAGUAUAGAUGUUCCAUGCCAGAUACAUUUCAAGGACAUACUAACUCUGAGAACUUCGACAGAUAAUUCAGCUUCAGAAAAUUCUGACAGGUUGAAAAACUAUAAUAACUUUUAUAAUUUUUUACCUAAUGCACCUCAAAAUGGGAUGGCUCAAGCUGAGACGCUAAUUCUGGAUAAGUCCAGAAUGACAAUGCCUCUUCUCAAGAAUGGAUUUUGUGAAAAUUUAGAUGAUAUUUGCCAUUCCAUCAAACAAAUGAAGGAAGAGCUUCAAAAGUCACAUAAUAGGGAACUGGCACUUACAAACGAACUGCAGACUUUAAAAGCUGUUCCAAGGCACGGUAAUUAUGACCUGCCCUCCAUUCACAAGGAAAAAAACAACUUUAUUAAGGAAGAAAAUAUUAAAAGUAACUUAAGUGAAGAUAUAAAAUCAAAGAGAAUUUUGGAAUUAGAGGCAUUAGUAAACAAAUUGCUCCCACUUAGGGAAACAGUAUCAAAAUUCCAUGUGAAUUUUUGUAGGAAAUGUAAAAAAUUAUCUAGGAGUGAAAUACACAGGGGAAAAAGGAAUGAGAAAAACAAUAAAGAAAUUCCUAUCACUGACAAGAAUAUUGCAGAUUUAAAACUCCACUCCAGAGUCCCGAGAUAUACAUUAGCAUUCUUUGACCCAACAAAAUAUGAAAUGAAAGACAAAGAAAAACAACCAUUUACAGUAAAACAAGGAUCAAUAAUAGUUGAAAAUGAGAAAACAUCCAAAGUCAAUUCUGUUACUGAGCAAUGUGUAGCAAAAAUUCAGUACUUACAGAAUUACUUGAAAGAAUCUAUGCAAAUACAGAAAAAAGUAAUGAAACUAGAGAAUGAAAACCUAACCCUUAAAACAAAAAUUAAACCUCUUGUCUUUACCACACAAUCUCUGAUACAGAAAAUUGAAAUGUAUGAAAAGCAACUUAAGACACUGGUUGAAGAAAAGAAUACUCUCCAGUCCAAGUUAACUAAAACAGAAGAAGACGGCAAAGAGUGUCUUAAAGAAUUGAAAAAAAUAGUUAGUAACUAUAAUGUUCUCCAAGGACAAAAUAAAACCCUCGAGGAAAAAAAUAGUCAACUUUCUUUGGAGAAUCAACAAAUAAUAGAAACAUUAGAUCAACUAAAAAGUAAGGAACACAAAACUCAAAGUGAUAUGGCCAUUGUCAAUAAUGAAAACAAACGAUUGAGCAUAGAAAUGGAAUCAAUGAAAACAAAUAUUCUAUUGAUACAAGAGGAAAAAGAAAUGUUAGAGAAAAAAACACAUCUACUUCUAAAGGAAAAAGGUGCACUGGAAAAUGAACUGAACGAAAACCAUCUAGAGACAGCACAGCUAAAAGAGAAAGAAAGACUGGCAAAAAUCGAACAAGAGACACUUCUUCAGAUAGUAGAAACGGUUAAAAAUGAAAAGCUUAAUCUUGAAACAACCUUACAAGAAUCUACUGCUGCGAGAGAGAUGAUGGCAAGAGAAAUUGAGGACAUUCAAAAGUACCAAUCUACCGCGGAAGAGAAUUUUCUGCAAGAAAUAAAAAAUGCAAAGUCAGAAGCAAGUAUUUAUAAGAAUAGUUUGUCAGAAAUGGGCAAUGAAUGUGAACUGUUAUCAAAAAUGGUAAUGGAAAUUAAGACCGAUAAUCAGCUUCUAAAAGAAGAACUAAAAAAAAAUAGUCAAGAAACUAUAAAAUUUGAAAAUAGCAUCUGUAGACUUGAGGAAGACAAAGUACUCUUAGAAAACUACGUAAGGAGUAUAGAGAAUGAAAGGGACACCUUGGAAUUUGAGAUGCGGAAUCUUCAAAGAGAAUAUUCAAAUCUAAGUGAAAAAAUCUGCAGUCACCAUAUUGAUCUCUCAAAAAUGGGUCAUGUUUCAAGGAAAGAUAAAUUCCAUUUUGACAUCUAUGAUAUUUAUGAAGACACCUCUAGUCCUGGGAAAAGGCCUUUAGCCCUGGGUUUGAAAGGAACUCCGAGUAAACUGUAUCAAUUGCUUCCAUCCAAGACAUGUAAAUAAAUUUCUGAAAACAUUUCAAAA